AUGAGUGACCCUCUGAGCGUCCAGCUGCCGAUGGGGCUUUCCACAGGGCCGGAGUGUGCCAGCCACCCGGUGUCUCUGUCGAGGUCAGGAUUUGCACAAAACAACCGAAGGGCAAAUGCUGGAGGGAGGGUGUUGCAUAAAAAAUCACAUCCUCAUCUGUUUGUGCAGCCUCUCCACACCAAACUGCUUCAGUCUCCACCAGGGAAUUGCUCCAGCUCCUCAGGGUACCAGAGGCCAGAGAGGAAGGACAGGUCUUCUGCCCGUGGACACAGCCCAGCUCCUGGCAGGCAGUAUGACCUGCUAUCAGAUGCAGCUGAGCAGGAGAUUCCAAGCCACUUUAUUUUCAAAUAG